AUGUCAAUGUCACAGUCCACUGGGAGAGAUCACGCAGAGUCCCUCCAUAUGGAAUUGACAGCCGACAUUGGAGAGAGUUUCAGGUCGUCCUUUCAUCUCCAUGCAUCAAGUUUUAGGAGUGCUUCGGAUGCAAGGUCAUCUAGACAAAAUGAAGAUGAAGUUGAAUUACAGUGGGCUGCAAUCGAGAGACUACCCACAUACAAACGACUUAGAUUAUCAUUGUUCGAUCAUACAAAUUUACAUGGCAGCAACAAAGAGGAAGGUAAGGCUGUGAUUGACGUUACCAAACUUGGAGCCCUUGAACGACAUGUUUUCAUUGAGAAACUCCUGAAUAAAAUUGAAAAAGACAAUCACCGCCUGUUUCAGAAAGUGAAAGAGAGAAUGGACAGGGUGGGUCUGGAACUGCCUACUGUGGAAGUAAGAUACCACAAUUUAACUAUAGAAGCAGAAUGUGAAGUAGUUCAAGGGAAGCCCCUUCCUACUCUUUGGAACACCCUCAAAAGCUUUUCAUGCGCUAUCACAAAUGUUUUUGGGCAAAAUUCUCAUGCAAACAAGAUUGAAAUCCUGCAAGGUGUCCACGGCAUCAUCAAGCCUUCAAGGAUGACACUACUACUCGGGCCUCCAGGCUGUGGGAAAACCACUUUAUUACGAGCACUCGCUGGGAAACUUGACCAAUCUCUCAAGGUCUUAGGAGACAUCUCCUACAACGGUUACAAGCUGAAUGAGUUUGUUCCUCAAAAGACAUCAGCCUAUAUUAGCCAACAUGAUCUUCACAUUUCCGAAAUGACUGUAAGAGAAACACUCGACUUCUCAGCACGUUGUCAGGGAAUCGGAAGUAGAGCAGGCAAAAUCAUGAUGGAAAUCAGUAGAAGAGAGAAGCAAGCAGAAAUUAUCCCAGAUCCAGACAUAGACACAUACAUGAAGGCAAUUUCCAUUGAAGGAUCAAAAAGAAAUCUCCAGACAGACUAUAUUCUUAAGAUUCUUGGACUAGAUAUUUGUGCAGAUACUAUUGUGGGAGAUGCAAUGAGAAGAGGAAUAUCAGGAGGUCAAAAGAGAAGGCUAACAACUGGGGAAAUGAUAAUUGGACCCGCAAAAGUUCUCCUAAUGGAUGAAAUAUCAAAUGGCUUAGAUAGUUCAACCACCUUCCAGAUUGUUACUUGUCUGCAGACGUGGGCACACAUCACAGAAUCCACCAUUUUUGUGUCACUUCUUCAGCCAUCACCUGAGAUGUAUGAUCUCUUUGAUGACAUUAUCUUAAUGGCUAAGGGGAAAACUGUAUACCAUGGACCUCGAGAUAAAGUUUUGGAGUUUUUUGAGGAUUGUGGUUUCAGGUGUCCACCAAGAAAAGGCAUUGCCGACUUUCUUCAAGAAGUAGUUUCUGAAAAGGAUCAAGCACAGUAUUGGUAUCAUGAAGACCAACAACCUCACAGUUAUGUUUCUGUUGAAGAGUUUGGAAAAAUGUUCAAGGAAUUUCAUGUGGGUCAAAAGUUAGAUGAAGAGCUCUCUCAGCCUUUUAGUAAAACUGAGUUGCACAAAAAUGCUUUGUCAUUUACAAUGUACUCUCAUGGAAAAUGGGAGCUACUUAAAGCAUGCAUGACUAGAGAAUGGCUUCUUAUGAAGCGUAACUCAUUUGUCCAUAUAUUCAAAUCUGCACAGCUGGUAGUCACAGCCCUAAUAGCAAUGACAGUCUUUAUACGAACACAUGUGAGUAUUGACAUCACCCACGCAAAUUUAUACAUGGGUUCUCUAUUUUUUGCGCUCAUUAGACUUAUGGUCAAUGGAAUAGCAGAGUUGUCAUUGACUGUUUCCAGAAUUGCAGUCUUCUACAAGCAAAGAGAUGUCUACUUUUACCCUGCGUGGACUUAUUCCAUUCCAGCAGCAAUCCUAAAAAUUCCAUUUUCAUUUCUGGAUGCUUUUCUUUUUACAGCCCUCACCUAUUAUGUAAUUGGGUACAGUCCUGAACCAGAAAGGUUUUUUGGCCAAUUUCUCAUCCUAUUCCUUCUACAUCAAGUAUCUAUAUCAUUGUUCCGUUUAACUGCGUCUGUGUUCCAGAAUCCAUCGGUUGCAGCAUCUUGCGGGCUCUUCUGCUUGUUAGUGAUGUUUUUAUUUGGUGGUUUCACAAUUCCACAACCUACUUUGCCUGUUUGGUUGAAAUGGGGCUGUUGGCUUUCUCCAUUAACGUAUGCAGAGAUCGGUGCUUCAGUAAAUGAAUUCCUUGCUCCAAGUUGGCAAAAGGUCUUGUCUUCAAAUGCUACAAUAGGGCAACAGGUUCUAGCACAACGGGGACUAAACUACAGCAGCUACUUUUACUGGAUAUCAAUUGGAGCAUUAAUUGGAUUUUGGUUUGCUUACAACCUUGGAUUCACCUUUGCUCUGGGUUAUUUAAAGCCUCCAGGAAGAUCUCGGGCUAUUGUUUCUCCUAAAAGGCUCUCGGACCAUAGUGAUAGUGUUGAAAAAAACAUGGGCAACAUACGUCAAGAAAAUGAAAUGCCUCAUAUUAUUUCUUCCAAACCUCCUGUGGAAGCAAAAAAAGUAGGGACUGUUUUACCUUUCGAGCCAAUGACAGUAACAUUUGAGAGUGUGCAAUAUUUUGUUGAUACUCCGAAGAAAAUGAGAGAACAAGGCUUUGAACAAAAAAAAAUACAGCUUCUUCAAGAUAUUACUGGAGCAUUUAGGCCUGGAGUUCUUACAGCUUUAAUGGGUGUUAGUGGAGCUGGAAAGACAACACUAAUGGAUGUUCUUUCUGGACGAAAAACUGGUGGUGUCAUUGAAGGAGAUAUAAGAAUUGGAGGUUACCCAAAGGUCCAGCAUACAUAUGCCAGAAUAUCUGGUUACUGUGAGCAAAAUGACAUGCAUUCUCCACAAAUUACAAUAGAAGAGUCAGUGAUGUACUCUGCAUGGUUACGUUUGCCAUCUCAGAUUGAUCGAAGUACAAAAUCUGAAUUUGUUGCAGAAGUUCUUCAAAUGAUUGAACUCGACAUUAAUAAAGAUGCUUUAGUUGGCUUUCCUGGUGUUGGUGGUAUAUCUACUGAGCAGCGUAAACGGCUAACUACUGCAGUAGAGCUUGUUUCGAAUCCAUCCAUUAUAUUCAUGGAUGAACCCACUACUGGCUUAGAUGCCAGAGCAGCUGCAAUUGUUAUGCGAGCAGUGAAGAACAUUGUAAAUACAAAAAGGACAGUUGUGUGCACCAUUCACCAGCCAAACAUUGGCAUUUUUGAUGCAUUUGAUGAGGUAAUUCACUAG